AUGGGCGGUGACAAAACCUGUUCGUGUAGCAACAACAAUGUUGUCGAGACAUCGGGGUUGGCGUCUGAUGGAGAAAGGGAGAAGUCAAUCAAGUACACUGAAGAGUUGAUGGAGAGAGGAUCGACGGUUAACAAAGAAAAAGGCUAUGCCGAAGUUGGUAAUUGCUUUAGUAGUUCCCUAGAAAUCAGAUGUGCACUUUUGUACAAGGCUCAAGAGGAAUUCGAUCAAUUAGUCUCAGUGGAAGAUGAAGAUGAAGAUGAAGAAGGAAGUGAUGGUGAGGAUGAAGAAGACAAAUCUGGCCUAGAUUUAGCUUGGACAUUGCUUGAUGUUUCAAGGGCAAUUUGGGAAAAAGAACCAGAUUACACAGUUGAGAAAAUAAACAUUCUUUCAGUUUUAGCAGAGGUAGCCUUGGAAGGAGAUAAGUAUCCUCGAAAUGUUUUUUGGACUGAUGGAAAAGCAGGGAAUGCAUAUGCUAAAUUUAGAGAUGUAUUUGAUGUUACGUACAAGACGAACAAAUUUAAGAUGUCAUUUUUUCCAUUCGUUGGAGUGAACUAUCAAUGA